AUGCUAACAUGCAAGAAAAUGUUUGGGCUGUGCGCAACAGCGUUGAUAAUCGUAUCCAGCACCACUGAAGCGUACUCUCAUGAGGAUAAAGCAAACACGGACGGCCUUGAGCUUGGAGCUGGACUAGGCGUCGGAGUUGCCGCGGGCCUCAAACUCGAUGGCGAUGACCACCAUCAAGAUGCUCACACUGAUGGUCUAGAGCUUGGAGCUGGACUAGGCGUUGGUGUUGCCGCAGGCGUCAAACUUGAUGGCGAUGACCACGAUCACGAUGCUCACACCGAUGGUCUAGAGCUUGGAGCUGGACUAGGCGUCGGAGUUGCCGCGGGCCUCAAACUCGAUGGCGAUGAUCACCAUCACGAUGCUCACACCGAUGGUCUAGAGCUUGGAGCUGGACUAGGUGUUGGUGUUGCCGCAGGCGUCAAACUUGAUGGCGAUGACCACGAUCACGAUGCUCACACCGAUGGUCUAGAGCUCGGGGCUGGGGUAGGCGUUGGUGUUGCCGCGGGCAUCAAACUCGAUGGCGACGACCACGAUCACGAUGCUCACACCGAUGGUCUGGAGCUUGGAGCUGGCUUAGGAAGCUUGGAGCUGGACUAG